AUGGCGUCGCCACACUCCUCCGUCUCCGGCAAUCCCUUCGGGGACCCCGAGCCCGAGCCGAUCUCGGCCGCCACUGCUCAGCUCAUCAACAUCAAGACUCACGUUCCUGUGGUUCUUGAUCCGGAGUCGCCAAACUACACCGCAUGGAGUACCUUCUUCGACAUUGCGUUCCGCAAGUUCGGCAUCCUCGACCAUGUCGACGGCACUGUCGACAUCCGGCUCAAGCACGGCGACGUCGAGUGGCUCCAGGUCGACGCCUCCAUCGUCUCCUGGUUGUACGCCACGAUCUCCGCCGAUCUUCUCAACGCCAUCAUCAAGCCUCGUGAUUCCACCUACAGGGUCUGGACGUCCAUCGCCGAGGAAUUCCUGGGGAACGCGCGCCAUCGCGCCACCCAAGCGCAGCAGGAAUUCCACAGUCUCCAUCAAGGCGAGCUUUCCAUCUCUGACUACUAUCGUCAACUCAAGAUGCUGGCUGACACCCUGCGCGACGUCGGCAAACCCGUCACCGACUCCGGCAUGGUGAUCAACAUGUUGCGCGGCCUGAACCCCAAGUUCAGUCACGUGGUCACCACGGUGAAUGCCGCGCAGCCGCCCAUGACGUUCCAGCAGGCUCGCUGGUUUCUUCUGCAGGAGGAAAGCUGGCUCGCGAACUCCUCCAAGCUGGCGAUGUCCACCGCUCUCCUCGCCAAGGCGACGGCCAAUGCCUCCAACGGCGCCACCGCCGGUACUGGCGGCCAAACUCCCUCGCCGGCUGUCAUCCCCACCAACACUUCUCCAGGCGGUGGCGGAUCUGAUCGCCCGCGCAAGCGCAAGAAGCAGGACAACCGUCCACGCUAG